AUGAAGCAAUUGAAGAAAGUGGAGGACCUGGAGACGAGCAUCCGGCAGCUCCGAGAGGAGGUACAGCAGUUCAAGCUGCAGAGAGAAGUCCUCUCGGUCGGUCUCAUGUCCAACACAACGGUGUGGAACGUUGCAGCUGAGUACUUCCGUAUGUUCCGCUACGGCGUAAGAUCCCGUUUCCUGCUUUCAACUAUGGCGGCGAGCGUGAUGAGUGAAGCUGGUUACGGCGCGGACGCACUGAUGGAAAACUGGAGCUUCACUUUCGGCAGACUUACGAUCACGGAAAACACACUGCAUCACGCAUUCCCUCAUCUGAUUAACGACAACGAAAGCGAAGAACGAGCUGGGCUUGCGCGGAGGCUCUUGGGGAAGCAGCUCGUGAUGCGCGGAGCUACUUGA